UGAACAAGAGACAGGUUUCACCCAUUCUACUUCUGUACUGGCCAUCUUCCACUGGCAAAUUGACACUGGCGAGGCAAUUGAACAUGGCUCUUUGGACCACACGCGAGACUGAGCUGCUGCUGGAGAACUUGGCAAAGUCCGAGGAGGCGGUCAAAGUAGUCAUGGGGUCAAAGAAUAAGGCCAAUAGGCACUUCUAUGACAGCGCUGCACAGGAGUUGAAGAACGGCAGAUACAAUUGCACCGCAGAACAGUGCCGCACGCAAUUUAAAAAAUUAAAGACAAAGUUUUAUGAGACGAUGAGGAAAUCUGGGGGCGACCCCCCUGAAGAGCAAAAGCCCCCCUUCUUUGACGAGAUGAGGGAGCUGUGGCAGCGAGUGGGCAGCCCUGCGUGGCAGACAAGAAAUAAGUCUACCUGCGUACCAUUGGCAACACAUGCUGGUUCUCCUGCUCCAUUGGCACAUGGACUCAAUCGGAUAUACAAAAUGGGGAGGUGUCAAAAACCUGAUGCAAAUUACAUUCAUAUGCGGCGGAGUUAUAAGAGAGCAGAAAAAUACUGGCGAAAUGUACACUUGGUAAUGGCAGAUAUUCUCCAGAUCACGCUACCUUUUGAUCCACUUCUUUUUCUUUUGAACAUGAUGCCCAAAAUGGACAAGAAAACAGAACAGAGAAAAAAGCGAAUAAUCUUAUAUAAGGUCACAUCCGCAAUAAUAAUCUGCGCCAGUGAUGGUGAACCUUUUAGAGGCCAAGUGCCCAAACUGUAACCCAAAACCCACUUAUUUAUUGCAAAGUGCCAUGUCCCUGUGGCUUUCUAGUACCAAACUCUGGCAAACUCUGUGCUGGGGCCAUGGCACAUGUGCCCACAGAGAGGGCUCUGAGUGCCACCUCUGGCACGCGUGCCAUAGAUUCACCAUCACUGCCCUACAUGGUGGUUCUAAUAGGGCAGCUCUACAUAUACAGAAUAAGAAUUUAUAGACCAAAGGCGCUUAAUGCUACAAGGCUCCCAAAAACCUUUUGAGCCAUGAUGUUCUUUUGUUGUUGUUGUUGAGUGACAUAUGGCAAACCUAAGACAAACCUGUAUUUAGAGAGAUCUCAUAGCACUUUUAAGACUAAGUGAAAGAAAGAAAUUGGCAGCAUGAGCUUUCAUAGACUUCAGUCUACUUCCUCAUGCAUCCCUAGUCCCUUACAGUCUUGGUCCAGUAUUUUUGUUGUCUCUACAUGUAGGCUUUACACUCGUGCUUUUCUUCUGGUUUUCCAUUUCUCAUUUUAAAGUGGCACCCCUUUAACCAUAGAUUGCCUUGCUAUUUUGGUUAUUUUUCUCCUAUAUUCUUAAAUAGAUAUUGUGACCCUUGAACUCUCUAGAGUGUUUUUAACCUCAUUUCCUGUGUAAUCUGCCUUGAUUCUGCAAGGAAAAGGCGGAAUAUAAAUAAAUCUUCUUCUUCUUCUUCUUC